CCUUCCAACGGGUGUUGCGUGGGAAUGUGUUGCGUCAAUUUUUUAAGCCCCAGAGACCGAUCCCAACGUAAAAAAUCGGCACUCCAUAAACAAAACAACAGUGAAACCCAGCGAAGUGAUAAUUGUCGACACAGUGAAUAGUUUUCCUCCCCCAGUGUCUUGUUCCGUUCUGUUCGGGUUCUGUGCCCUGCUUCCUAGAAAAUUCAUACCGACAGGGUUCUCAGUUCCGUCGCCAGUUGAGUCCGAUGACUCUGACGACGCGCCUCGAGCGAGCAACCCUAACCCGCAACCAUGUCACUGAGUGUUUGACAGAGCAAUUUGUUUUUAAUCGUGCUGUGUUUAUCAUCAAUUCCGAGGUUUAAUCGUGCCCCUCGAAUGGUCAUUGACCAUUCAGAAAAAAAUUCAGAUUGUUUUAUUCGUAGUGUAGGUGAAUAAUUCAAGUUAUACCAAAAUGUGGUCAUCACAGAGUGGUAAUAACAAUACAACAACAACAAAUUCAUCAGCGUCAGCUCAAAAUUUACGAACACUGGGUAUGACAUCGGCAAUUAGUGUUGCUGAACCAAAACCCAGUGAUUUGACGAGAACAAAUGAGCUCAGGGAGGCAUUGAAACCGUACAAUGUGUUCGAAUCAGAGGAGGAGUUGAAUCACAGAAUGGAAAUACUUAGUAAAUUGAAUGCCCUGGUGAAACAGUGGAUCAAGGACACGUCUAUCGCUAGAAAUAUGCCACCAAAUGUUGCUGAAAAUGUUGGUGGAAAAAUUUACACAUUUGGGUCCUACAGGUUAGGAGUACAUCACAAAGGGGCUGAUAUCGAUGCACUGUGCGUUGUGCCCAGGCAUAUAUACAGAACAGAUUAUUUCUCGUCUUUUUUUGAAUUACUUAAGAAGCAGCCAGAGGUCAGCGACUUGAGGGCAGUGGAGGAAGCUUUUGUGCCAGUCAUAAAGAUGAAUUUCGAUGGCAUUGAAAUUGACAUGUUAUUUGCCAAAUUGGCACUAAAAGAAAUUCCUGAUUCGAUGGAUUUGCGGGACGAUAUGUUGUUGAAGAAUUUGGAUCAGAAGUGUGUGAGGAGUCUCAAUGGAUGUCGAGUCACAGAUGAAAUACUAAGACUUGUUCCUAACAUAGAGAACUUCAGACUUGCACUGAGAGCUAUCAAGUUAUGGGCGAAGCGGCACGGAAUUUACAGCAACGUUUUGGGUUAUCUCGGUGGUGUAUCGUGGGCAAUGCUUGUUGCGAGAACGUGUCAAUUGUAUCCAAAUGCAGUUGCUGCUACAUUAAUUGAAAAGUUUUUUCUCGUAUUUUCACAGUGGAAGUGGCCUCAGCCGGUUUUGCUUAAGCAGCCUGAUACUGUUAAUCUAGGUUUUCCAGUUUGGGAUCCAAGGGUGAACGUUUCGGAUCGGUAUCAUCUAAUGCCGAUAAUAACUCCUGCAUAUCCCCAACAAAAUUCCACAUUCAACGUAUCAGCGUCGACGAGAACGAUAAUGCAGGAGGCUUUUGAGCACGGUUUAUCAUUGACUGAAGAGAUCAUCAUGGGCAAAGCAACGUGGGACAAAUUAUUCGAGCCACCCAACUUCUUUUGUAAAUACAAACACUAUAUUGUACUGCUGGCUAGUAGCUCGUCAGCUGAGGAUCAGCUUGAGUGGUGUGGUCUUGUCGAAUCGAAAAUACGACAUUUGAUAGGAACAUUGGAGAGAAAUCCACACAUCAAUCUUGCACACGUGAAUCCCGAAGGGCACGCUCCAGUUAAUCCUGAGCAAGGGCGUAAUUGUUCGAUGUGGUUUAUUGGUCUGUCAUUUGCCAAGAGUGAAAAUCUCAAUAUUGAUCUCACCUAUGAUAUCAAAACUUUCGUUGAAACAAUUGAAAGACAAGCCGAACAAAUUAGUAUGUUGAAGGAGGGCAUGUGGAUUGAGGCAAAACACGUGAAGAGGAAGGAUUUACAUCUCUAUGUAUCACCUAAAUUACUUAAGCGUGAGAGAAAGGUUUCAGGGGGUGGACAUCGUAAUGGAAACCUGGCAGCUGUGGAGAAAGCAGGUGGGCUUGCUGCAAAGAGUCAAACAGAGAGUAUAACCACAAAACGUCUCUCAGACCAGGGCACCGACGGUGGUGGAAAGAAACGAAAGACACAGGAGAGUGAACAACCGAUCAAACAGACAGAGAAUGGCACGUUUCCAGGAGAACCUUGUGGUGAAGACAGUAACUCCAGGUUCAGCCUCGACGAAUACAAACAGAAUUUGGCACCUAGCAAGGACGAAACAUCAACCGGUAGUUCAACAGUCCCCCAGGAGGUAUGCACUUGACGGAAUUACGACUGUCACAUAAGAAUACACAAGUCGAUGGAUUCACGUUCAGGUUACUUAGAGUAUAAGCCACUCUCAAACCAUUAUCCACUGCCCACUGAUCGAGAGCCUACCUGGCCCCAUCUCCCUCACUCCCAAUAUUCAACAGAGGUGCAACAUUUUUCAUAAAGUGUUGAGGAAAAAGUACACGAGUUUAAAACAAACUAAACCAUCUUUUAGACUCAAUCUAGAUGAUUCGUAGAUUCAUCGGACUCGGCACAACCGAUUUAACAAAUUGGUAAGUCAAUGUUAUUUAAUGAUGGAGAGGGGGGCAGUGAGGAUUGGAGAAUUACUCUCUCCAGAUUAUCGUAAUCGAGCACUUUUAAUUGAUGUUGCUCACAUGUGAGAAUAAAAAUGGAAAAAAAGCAACGCGAAUAAUCCGCAAUUUUUUUUUUCACUCUCACGAUACGUUUUCAACGCUAUUUCAUUAUUAUUUCCACUGUAUAGAGAUUGUUUCCACGAUGACGACGCAGUUGGUACGAGUUACAAAAUAAUGAAUGAAUAGCAAUUGUAGUCGUUCCCUGAAUCAAGGUUUUAUGAAUAGCUGUUGUAUAAAAUUUUUUUAUCCCGUAAACUAAUUGAGUACGAAGAUUGGAUGAAUCGUAUUACAUGUUUAUUUAUUCUUUACGGAGAAUAGUGAAAAAUCAAGGAGUCAUCAUUCAAUAUUUUUCCUCCAAUUUUCAUAUCGAAAAGUAAAAAAAUUUUAUGCAAAACCCUGUCGAGUGCUAAUUGAACGGUUUUUCCUAUUUUAUUUUUAGACAUUGGUUUCAAUUUUAUAAAAUUUAUCUAGUUUUUUUUCUUUCUACGAGGCUCACAUGAAUUAUCAUUCACUCACUCAUGAAUAGAUACCACUCAUAACAUUAUUUUUAGUUAAUGAAUGCACUUCGUUUGCUGAAAAUAAUGGGGUUAUUAUAGUUUCAAAAUCCAUCACUUGUAAAUUUGUAAUGCAGUUUCAAAUCGUCAGGACGAAUGGUCCUGCUGGGGAGGGAGGGGUGAACGUGGAGGGUAACAGUGAACAACACUGCACAAGUUCUAAGUAGCACUACGACGUGAAUUAUGGGUGUUGAUUAAUCGUACCAAUACAACCUUGGAGGGACUUUACAUCAUUUGACGUUGCAAUAUCGACGAUAACGGUUUAAUCAUGAACAACGUGACUUGCUUUUUGCGCAUGUAUAUGGCUAAUUUUUUUGGGCAUCAUUUUGUUUUUGUAAAUUAGAAAUAACCGGGUGACGUUUUUUUGACCCCUGGAACAAUAAAAAUCGGACGAUAAAAGGUUUACUACUUUCUCCUGUUCAUGAGAUUUACUUAAUGCUUCUUCAGAUAUGGCUGGCAUCCCAUCGCUCUCUUAAUAAGAAACUGGUGAAGUUGAAAAAUAAUUUAGAAAACGGCAGUGAAAUGGGGAAAUGUGAAAAUUUGAUCAUUACGAACUACUGAUUAUUUAAUUAUUUCAAUUGCUGGUGAUUCUAGGAGGGACUUUUUUAUUAUUUUCAGGAGAUAUGAUAAAUUUCUCGAUAUUGUCUCCUGAAUUCCAUCCUUUCUGAGAUAAUCUGGUAAUUGAAUAGAUGUUCACGUAGCAAAAAAUUGAAUCGAAAAAAAAUUCUAUGUGUUUUUGUUUGCUGUGCGUUUUUUAAUAGAUAUUUUGUCGUAAAAAAAAAUCUACAGAUGUUGAUUGUUGAAUUCUUAGGUAUGACUUUCCAAAAUUUUUGUCCGUAUUUUAUUAUGCGAAACAAAUGUGAGUCCAGUAAAAAAAACUUGGAAAAAUUAUGGGCAAGAAUUUCAAUAGAAAAAUCAAAAUCUAUUGAUUUUUUAAACUUAAAUAUAUUCAUUAAAAAAUGCUUUAAAUUUAAACGUAAAAAACAAUACAAUUAUUUUAUGAAAUUUAACCAGAAUUGAAGAAACUCUAGGUUUUUCUAUUCAAUUUUUCACAGGCGUAUGAAUUUUGAUUUUCAUUUUUUAUCAUUUCACUACUGAAAUUACAAGAUGAGGUAAUUAGUCAACCCCAGAAGUGAUGGUACAUGUAAAUAAUGAUCCGAUCAACGAAAUGUAUAUUAUGCCUCGACUAUUCGUCCAUAUUAGAGAUUAUUGCGAGACAUUGAAACCUGAAUGACGACUGUUGGAUGAAAAAUGCAACAAAGAAGGAACCAACAUGUGCGUCACGAGUGGGCGUUUCUCUCUUUGUUGCGGUGUACAGCAAGAUGGGUUUAUUAAAGCAAAAAUAAAAUUAUCAGAUAUUAUUUUCGGUUGUAAUCGGUAAAUCACUGCUGCGAACAAGCUGACGAAUAUUCCAUCACUCAAAAAGAUGAUUCGAUGAGAAUAAAAGUAAAUAGAAUAUAAAAUGAGUUAUUGGUGUAGCAAUUGAUGGAGUUUUAUUCGCGUUUUUAUUUUGUCGGUUGUUCAAUAGACAAAUAACGAGUAAAUAUAUCGAUAUACGAGAAUUACUCAUAAGUAUAUUAUUCAAAUGAACGUCUAAUUCGAUUUAAAGUAUAUUUCCUGAAUCAUUAUUGUCAAUUCUCGUUUUAUAUGAAAAUAUAAUAAAGAAACACAAUGUCUUAUAUAUGUUAUAUUCAGAUUAAUCAUGUGGCAAUGUAUCAUCCUCUGUACUUCGUGUUUCUUUAAUCAAUAAAGGGAAAAUAAAUUUUUCUUCCGUCACCUUCAA